AUGGACCUGUACAACUUUUCUCAGGACUCACUCGCGCGCCCCGCGUCCCACGUCGUGCCGCCCGGCGCCCACGACACGCCGCACAUGACGCUCGUGUCUCCGGCGGAGGCGCACUCCACCGACGAGAGGAAGAACAGGCUCAAGCGCAGGGACCUCAAGCUGCGGAAGCUCCUGUUCGGCGCCGACGUCAGCCUGCAGCGGCAGCGCAGCCUCGUCAUCAAGGAGCUCAUGGUGGGCCACGGGCACCAGGGCUGCCUCAUGUCGUCGCGGCCCGUGCAGAAGGAGCUCCGGAAGCUCCUCCGCAAGACGAUGAGGCUCGACAAGGACAAGACCAAGAAGAGCUCCCCGUACGAGAAGCUGCGCCGCUGGGUGACGCGGCGGAGGACGGGGAGGUCCCAGCUGGAGAACCCCUCCGACUGCAGCGCCACCAGCAGCACCUGCCACGACGUGUACGACCUUGACCACAGGCACGACCCAGACAGCGCGUACGACCAGGGCAACACGCACGACCACGGCCCCAAGGACACAGGGACGGACUCGUACCUCACCCCCAAACGACUCGACUCCAGACGCUCCUCCCGACGCAGCCGACGCUCCCCCUUCCCCAGGCGCUCUCUCUCGACCCGGAGCGGCAGCAGGAGGCGGCGACGAAGGGAAGGGCGCUACCACCUGGAGGGCGACGCGAUCCGCAACGACCGCGCCAGUUUCAGGAGUAGCAGGAGCUUCCAGCGGGACACGUUCAGGAGACACUCGUCCAGGAGCUUCAGGGACGCUCGGCCUCGGUCCCCCUUCCUCGGCCUCGAGAGACGCAGGUCCUCGAGGAGGAGCCAGAGGGAGCCGCGCUCUCCGCGAGACGGAAGGCGCCGCGCGAGCCCCGCGUCGCCGGCGCCCCGACGGCACCGCUGGCCGUCGGGCUCCCUGCGGCGCCGCGACUGGGAGGACCGGACGAGCGGCCGCAUUCCGAGGUCGGCCUCGCUGUCGUCUCGCCACAGCCGCCCGCUGACGUCCUCCAGCCGGCGCGGAACCAGCUCGGGGCGCCCGGACUCGCGGCUGGAGCGCGUCCGGCAGGCGUGGCAGGAGGACGAGGACUACUACCUGAACCCGUUCGACUCGUGGCGGCUGCGGCACCAGACCCACCGCCCGGGGUUCUCGUCGCCGUCGCCGCCCGCUCGCCGGGGACGCCGUGUGCCGGAGAGGAUGUUCCCGGACCGCACGCCCAUCCGACAGCGCCUGCGCGAGUCGUGGCGGGCCAAGGAGAGGGACGACGACGGACUUCCGAGGCGCCCGACGCCCCGACAGCGCCCGCCCUCCGAGGAAGGCGAGCUGGAGGCCGACUCGCCGCCGCCCGGCCCGCCGCCGCUCGUCCCGCAGCCCGCCGACACCCUCGAGGCCCGAGUGAGUCGUGGUGGAGGGCCCAUUAACCCCAAAGUUCUCGCUGCUGACUCGAGCCUCCGAAACCCAAAUGAGUUACGAGACAAAAAGAGAGGCAGCGGGAGUUUCAUCAUGUUUGAAGCCAUAGGUUUCCGAGAAUGGGAAAAAUUCUGGGAAUGCUGGGUUAGUCAUGAUGUUGGAGAACUGUCGCUCUACAAGUUGUUAUAUAACUAG